GGCGCGAACGAUAGUCUGCCGCUAAACGUUUCGUGCGAAUAACCGUAAAGGACAGAACACGGGAGACGAUCGGGAUAGUAUAUGUAUUAUUUCUGAUCGCAGUUAGUAAAACGAUUUUAUUUUUUCAGUUGUAUUAUUGUUUGAACUUUUGGUUGUUUUUUUACACUCUUACCGUCUCCAAUAAACCUCGAUCAACGCCGCCACGCUGAAAGUGCAGUUGAAACGUUGAGUAAGUACCUACCAUUUGGAAUUGGCAUUAAAAAAGCAGACAUAUUUAACGAGUAGACUUAAGGCAAUUCGCUGAACGUGACUGCUUAGGGUGUCAAAAUAAACCUGUGUUCCAGCGAUCAAGGGUUUAUCGCAUAAUGUCUGGUAGACAAUGAAAUAAUCCGAGUCCGACUUACGGAUAAAAAAGAUAUAUCAUGGCCGACCCGGAGAGAACAAGAUUGGUCGUGCUUGGUGAUGCUGGCGUUGGGAAGAGUGCAAUUUGCAAACGGUUUUUGUACAACUCGUUUUGCUCCAAGUAUAAGACGACCGUAGAGGACCUUUACAGCAAAGAAUUCAGCCUCGGUACAGCCCAACAUUUCAAAGUGGACAUCUUGGACACGUGUGGCAACCCACAGUUUCCGGCCAUGCGGCGGUUGAGCAUAGCCAAUGCGAACGCCUUCCUGUUCGUCUAUUCGAUCGACUGCGAACGGUCAUUCGAGACGGUCAAGCGAAACUUCGAGGAAGUCCGCGAGCAGCGCGAGGACUACCAGGUGCUGCCAAUCGUGGUGGCCGGAAACAAACUUGACCUUCCAGCCGACCAUAGACGCGUCACCGUGGAAGACGCUUCCGAAUGGCUGUACUGCGAGCUGCCAAAAAUGAGGGUCAAGUUGAUCGAGUGUUCGGCCAAGGACAACGUAAACGUGCGUGAUCUGUUCAAAUGCUUGUUGGUGCUGUCCCGGAAGCUGAACGGAUCGGAAGACCAGGCGGCGUGCCCGCUGAAGCGCCGGUCCAGCGCAUACGUCAGCCACACCAAGUCGUCGAGGCGCGCAGCGGAGAACUCGGGAGCCGCCACAACUUCCGGUCCGGCGGGCGGUGCUUCCGGACACAGACGUGAAGACCACCAGCUCCAGCAGCAACAGCAGCAGCAGCAACAGGAACGGGCGAAACCGCGCAGCCGCAGCCUGAUCAGACGGUGCAGCCGGAAGGCCAAACAACAGAUCAGGGACACGACCACCGGCGGAAGUGGUGGUGGGGGUAACGGCGGCGGUGUGGACGACUGCAACGUCAGCUAAAUGCUCGCAUGAUAAUUAUUUAACAUAUGCGAUACACGAUAUACCUGCAUGACAACAGUAAUAGUAUAUAGUGUCUUCAGUUGUCCGACGACAACAAAAUUCACACUCGUACCUACUACACAACAAUAAUUCAUUAUGAUUUUUGUCGUUUUAUACGAAUUGUAACUUUAGAUAGUAUUAUACCGCGUGUACUACCCAUCAGAGUUUUACUAAAAUUUUAUUUUCUAAAAUUGUUGUAUUGUUUAUCGAAUUUUUACCGACUCCUCCCCUCCACCCACGAAACUUGCCCCCGAAGUUUUAUUUUUUUCAGUUUACUGUACUUCAGCCGUCAGCUAGAAAUGUUUCUGUUUUCUCCCCUCUGUUUCAUUACAUAUUGUAGGUACAACUACAACUACAGUUAUUUAAACAUCGAUUAACGUUUUGGGUGUGCUCAAAUAAUAAUAAAUAUUAUUAGAAUAUGCGUCGACGACGUGCCUCUUGAAGCUAUGUGAGUACCUACCUAUGUACUAAAAAAAUACAUAGAUACUGUAUUAUAUACGAUGAUAUUAUAAUAUUAAUAUUAAAAAAACGUCUCUUGAGCGGUAUUAUAACUCAUUUACGACGAAAUAUCCAGAACAAUUUUUAAGUUUCACAUCCUCCACACAAAUUGUGUAUAUAAUAAUAUAUAAUAUAACAUGCACACUCUGUAUAAUAUAUGUGUCGUUAAUUUGUGUUUAUCAGUCCAAUGUAGCCGAUCCUGAAACUACAAAAUCACUUUUUUGUUUCUAUAUUAUAUUUCGUGCACCAGGCGUAGGUACUUUUAACGGUGCCGAUAUACUUGUGUUUACUUAUAUCAUAGUUAACUUAUAUAUCAUGUAUUAUAUUCCUUAUUAUUAUGCUCUCGGCGUCGGAUUAUGCGUAUUAAAAUAGUUUUGAUUAAAAUAUUAUAAUCACGGUCUUUAUAAAAUAUUCACCCAUAAAACUAAUAUGUUAUAUUAUUAUGCCAUUGUGGCAUUCGAGAAAACUCAACAUGUAUUAAACUAGAUUAUGAAAUUAGUCAACUAUUAUUAUUAUAAUAAUUAUUUUACUUUUUUUACACCGUAUUGAUUUGUUUUUCUGAUUAGGAAAUUCCAUUAACGUACAAAUUAAAUUUUGGUUAUAUUAUGUUAUGUACUAUUAUUUUCGGUUUUACAAUUCGUAUUGACUGGAAAGUAAUUAUCAUAUUAUUAUUAUUUAUUUAUAGGUGAUAGGUUUCAAACAACGCUAUGAUUUUUGGGAAACAAUUUACAUUAAUUAUCAAAACCACUGGUUUUUGUGUGUACCUUUCAGAACGCGGGUUUUGACCGUGCUUAAAAUGUAAAUAUAAUAAUUAACAAAUAAUUUUGACAUAAUUAAUAUUAUAAUUUUAUUUAAAUGUUCAACGUGUUUUGUUACGAAUUAUUUAAUCUAAUAAGCACGUUUUAAAUAUAAUAUAAUUGACGGUGAUCAGAUGAUUUUUAUUACACCGGUUAUCGUCUAUAUUUCGUGUAAAUAUUUUAUGAAUUUGAAUAUUUAAUACGCUAACCUGUAAUCUCUGAUUUCACUGGUACAACAUCUAUGAUUUAAACAAUAAACGUGAUAAAUUGUAGUAAAUUCGUUAAUUUAUGUGCCAUUGAUUUCCAAGUGCUUCCAUAAGCGUAUUGUCCAAAUAGUCAACCUGUAUAGGUACGAUAAAAGAAAGUCUAAACACAGUAAUAUAUUAGUCAUAAAACGAACCAACAUGUAAUGUUAAACAUCAGACGUAAAAAAAUACAUACUAUUUAUUCGUACUUGCAUUUAAAACAUAUUUUAUCUUAAUUUGUUCACGAAGCAUUUUCAAAAAGAAAUGUGUACUCUAAAAGCAAUUUCAACUACACGAUACCUAUAUACUACUAAACUAUACGCAAUGUAUUUAAUCGUCCAAGUUAUUAAUUACUAUUAUUAUUCUCAUUCUGUAUUCGAUGUUACUAUAUACAAUCUAAUAACUUACCCAUUUGACUAAAUAUA